CCCCCUCGUCGUCCGGGUUCAGCGGCGUCACAGCCGAGAAGAUGUGUCAUUUCAACGGAUAAAUUACCGAGCGUCAAAGCCGUGCUGUCUCCUGCGCUGCUGCUGUACCCAAGCUUGGAUAAUAAUGGCAGAAAGCGACCGUUAGCCGCUCUUUUUCCUGCUCUUUUUUCACCGAUGAAAACAUCUCUUCAUUGAUUCACCCUCGCUCGGAUUGAAUUGGGGAUGGGGCUGAUCGUUUUUCCACCGGGGAACAUGUCCCUCCUCUCGCUGACUUUGGCGCUGCUCACCGUCGUCCUCUGCACUUCUCAGGGUAAGAUUACGGCUCGUGGAUCCAGGCCGCGCGACAUUAGCUGACGGUUUAAACGUCUUUCUGCCUCCAUGACCGUUAGAAACACCGAACAGUCCGCUCCCGAAUCGACCCCGCAACAUGAGAGCACGAUGAACCCUGUAGUUCCCGUUACCUCAGUGUUUAGUCCAGGCCUGGGCAUCAGUUAUCUGUUAUAUUUACCGACAAAAUACGGCUUUAGUAUGUCCAGUAUUUGGCGAAUCAGUGAAAUACUGUGUUUUUACGUGUUUAAAGUACUGACCAAGUAACCUUAACCCGUCAGUUACUAGAGAAAAAUAACGGUCGAGACAACGACAGGCUUUCAGUGAAACAUUCAACUUUGUAACUAAAAAAACCGUGACAAAGUGUAUUUGUCUUACCUUAACUUUGAAUAGUUAAUUCCUAGUAUUUAUCUUUAUUUGUGGGUUUUUUAAAUAAUUAAUUUGUAAUUUAAAUGAUCUACUUUAGUCAACCAAGUGAAAGCAGUUGCCUUUUAAAUCAACAGCUAGAUUAGAAUGAUGAAUAAUUUGUGUACUUCAUAGAAGAGUAAUGCCUCUUUACUUUAAUUUGAGUUAGGGCUUGGCGAUAUUGCAAAAAGUUUAUAACAAUAUAUUUUUUUCAUAUCAGUCAAUAUCAUUGUAUGUCAAGGUAUAAAAAAAAUAUCUGUUAAAAAAUACAAUAAGCUACUGCAUCUGUGAGGUCUUUGUGUCUGUGAGGGGUUCUUGCUUCACCCGAGGUUUGUAAUCUUUUGUAUUGCACAUGCUCUGCCGCGUGGCGCUGCUACAGGUGGUGAAAAAGAUUUGAGGUAUUCCCCAAUUUUGCAACAACAUGUACUCGACAUAAUUUGUAGCACAUAGUACUCUGCCAAAAUACCUCCACACCACCGACGUAUUCGUGCCAGUGUUGUUGACGAUACCGUCAUCUGUUGACCAUAGCACUUGAGUGUUAAUGCGCUAUGGUUGCGUGUAGAGGCAGCCUGCUACUACGCAGUUGUUUGCUACUUGGUUCUAAUUCAGGACAUGAUUGAUUCAACGCAAAGUGGACCCAGAGCAACUCCCCUUUUCAUUGACUAUUUGUAUAGUCUACCAAAACGUCGUAGACUGCCGACUAUUGAAAAGCAUAUUGACCAUGUUUCAUUUUGAUAUCAGGGGAAAUUAGUUUUCAAUAUAUAUUGUUCUAAUUUUAUCGCCCAGCCCUAAUUUGAGCACAUCCUAACUAACAACAAAGAACAACAGCACAAUGUGACCAAACUGACUAGGAAUCAUUUAUAUAUAUCUGACUUUUUUAGCCUUUUCUAAAACUCUUUAUACAUACUGCUCUCACAUCUUGAUCUCUUGUAGUUUUGCUGAUGUGUUUAGUUUCAUUGCUCUGUUAUUAAGCUGUUUCUCACAUAUUCUUGCUUAAAUCUGUGCAUUAUCCUGGUUUAAUAAAGACCCUAGAUGUCCACGAUUUCCCUCAGGAUUUCUCAGGUACCCACAUAUUGAUUCGGCUUAAAAGCUUGGCACAGACUGUCAGUCAUGCCAAGAAGGCAAAAGCGAGUAACUCAAACACUACGCAAUAGAUUUUCUAUCAAGCUUAAUAUUUAAUGGGGAAAAAGUUUUUACUGCCAGCACCUAAAUUUAGUCACAGUUGUCUCCAAAGCUAAGUAUAUAUAGAUCUUGGCCAAACUCUACACUGUGAAUAGACUUUCCAUCAGAUUAAUUUACUUAAAACUCUUUUGUUCUGCGGGACCAGGCAGCACUUCAAGGAUCAGUGUGUUGUGUAACUCACAAAGCUACGCACUGAAAUCGUAUUGUUGCUGAUCAUUUUGUAGGUCAUUAUGAAGUGUUUUAAAGUGGCCGGCCUUUGUGAUUAAACACAUGCCUUGAUUUCUGUUAUGGAAAACAUGAUUAAACCAGCUCAAUGCUACUCAACUGAAGGCCUGUUGUUAAAAUAUUUAUGCGAAAGACGAUGCAAUGGUUGUUGUUUUUUUGGGUGGCUAAACUUAAGUGUUGGGGAAAGUAAAAAUGUUGUUGUUUACAUUUGGGGGGGGAAAUUAGAACAUUUUGACAACUUUGUACCUGUUUCUAGAAAUUUAGUGUCGAACUGGUUUAACGUUUCAUGGAAUCUAAUCUGUCAUCUCCUUUUAUAAUUCGAUAGUCUGUAAUCUUUUACCUAAAAUAAAUAAAUAAAUUGUUGUUGUUGUUGUUUCAGAUAUACAAUCCUCAAAUCUCCUGGGUAUCUUACCUAAGUCCUGAUCCUUUCCCCACCUCUGCUGCACUGAAUAAUGCAUCAUGACUGUGUUUGGUCUGGAAUAAAAUAUACGCAAGCAAGAAGAAUAAGUGCACACUCAAAGAAUUGUAUUUUCCUCCUGAAGGCUAAACAAAGCAGCAUUUGUGAGAGAGAGGAGAAGAGUUGAGAAUUUUCUCAGCUUGAAAGACGUGUGAUGAAACAGAAACAACAGUUUGUAUGUUAAAAUAUCCUCAGGAGGAAAGUAAAAUUUUCAGACAACAAACUCAAAAUCUGACCUUCCUCUUCUUCCACUAUUCUUUCUCGCUCUGCCUCCUCCUCCUCCUCUUCACCCUAUUUGAUCAUGUUCCCUGCGGUGUCAUCCAGCCUAACACUCUGUAAUGCCUUUGUUUUGCAGUCAGUGGCAAUGAGGACUGUCUGUGGUACGUGGAUAAAAAUGGCACCUGGCACAAUGGCUUUGACUGCCCUCUCAUCACGUUCUGCUGUGGAAACUGCCACCGGCGCUACUGCUGUUUGGACGCCUUCAAAAUGAUCACGGAGAGGGAGCAGAAACGCUGCAUGCUGUUCCAGUUCAGGUGGGGACAGCGAGGGUUUUAAUUCAACCGCUUAUUUAUUUUUGUACUGCGCACCAAGAGUCUGUGUUUGAGUUCACAGCGGAAGGAUAUCUCUGCAGGAUCAUGUGUCUGUUUUUCCCAAGUAAUAAAACACCCUACCAGAGGACACUUCCUGCCACAAAUAACAUGAAAAAAGUGCUCUUAAAUAUCUACACAUCUGAAACUGGUGAUCUACCCAUACUGGGAUGAAAGUAUAAAAAACAUGUUUUUAUCUCCCUGAUUUAAUUUUAAUAGAAAAAAACAACAGAAUUUCAGACUGUUAGUCUGAAUAUCUGAAUAUUCAUACUAAAACAAAACCCUCAGAUGAGUCAUAAAAGCUGAAUAAUACGAUCUGAUACUUUCUGAUUACUGAUGCUCAGGAAAAUUAGUGCUAAUCCUCUUAGAAAAAUGGGACACAAAAUAUGCACAUCCUAAUCUGCCUUCACUUUGUUAGAUCAGUGUCAUUUAUUCUGUGAUUGUAAGGCAUCAAACACUCUGAAACAUCUUACCCCACAAGACAAUCUGCCCCAAAGAACUGCUGUUCUGCUGUCUGUAACUCUCUUCCCCGUCUUUAUCAGUAAAUAGAAAUGACUUAAAGCUCCUGUGAGGAACUUUUAAUUUGUGUUAGGGCCUGACUGAUAUGGAUUUUUUGGGGCUGAUGCUGAUACUGAUUAUUAGGAGGAGAAAAAAUGCGAUUUUGGAAUUUUUUUAUGAAGUUUUAAAAUUUUGUUAAUUGAAGUAAUUUAUCUACAUAUUUACUUAUUUUUUUAACAAAUGGCUGCUUUUGAGCCUUUCAAACACUUCUUCAAAGAAUUAAAGGCAGAAAACUCAUUUCAAAUCAUUUUUAUUGCUAAACUUUAAUCAUUUUUCUUAUUUAUAUUUACAUAAUAUGACUUACACUACACCCCUGGCUAUUUAUUUUAACUGUAAUAAAGAUAAUAAACUCAUUUCUCAAUUUCAUUUCAUUCUUUUCAGCUUAUCAUUCAGACUGUAGCAGGUGUGAGUCUGAUUAUUUUCUUCAACCUCCAUCUUAUCAAACUCACACACUCGUCAUCUUCUAAAAUGAAUAGCCUAGAUAAAUAAAUUAAAAUAAAGCUAACUCACGUACAUCAUAAAAAAUGAGGAACACUGGAUAUACUGUAGGUUACUGCUCUUCACGCCGACAGGAUUACCGACUGAUCAUCUCAGUAAUAUUCGACAUAUUUAUUAUGAAUCGAACUUGGACCAGAAAAGCGUUUUCAACUAUCUUUCAUGAGGUCGCUGCGCCAUCUACAGGAUAAGUCGGGGGAUCUAUUCAAAUGGCGGAACAUUUUCGAAGUGAAACCAAAUCUUAUUCUCCGCAUUUUAUUUCUAAAAAUAUCGGCGAGUUUUGGCCGAUUACUGAUUAGUCUCAAACGGGCUAAAAUUGGCCGAUUUAAUCAGCUCGCCGAUAAAUCGGUCGGGCCCUAGUUUGUGUCAAUUUUGGCGCCCCCUGUGGACAAAGCAGCCUUUGCUUAUCUGUUCCUCUACAUGCUUGAAUAUGCUCAAAGUUCAAGAGUCAAAUCAGAACUUCAGUCAGCGUAUUUGUGAUAACUCAAGUUAAUUGAACAUUUCUAUUAAGUGUAUUCACAGACACACUGAACAGGACUUGUUUAUGCUCGUUAUGUCAAACUUCAGCUCUUUCUGCAGCUGAGAUGCCUUUUAAGACAAAUGACAUAUCCUCUUAUCAUGUUGCGACUAUAAUCACAACAUACGACUUAAUGGAAAAUGUUUUUGUCAGGAUGUUAACCAGUUUUUGAAAACCAAUGUGAACCUACAUUUUAGCCACAGUGUCAACAGACAGAUGUGAAGUUUGGGCAGAUUGAUUUGAUAUGAAGCGUGUGAUCGGCUUGAUCUCUGGGUUGUUUUUCUCUGUAGAGAAAUAAAUGUGGGUUUGGAUUAAAUAAUAAUAACAGGAGGCAUAAUAAUAUUGUGGCAACAGGCGUACUCGAGCUCCGAGAGAAAAUCACUGAGUAUUGUUUGUUUAUGUAAAUCAUAUCCACUACUACCCUGUAUCUUGGCAGUGAACCAACGUGAACCCACAUUUUAGCCACAGUGUCAACAGACAGAUGUGAAGUUUGGGCAGAUUGAUUUGAUAUGAAGCGUGUGAUCGGCUUGAUCUCUGGGUUGUUUUUCUCUGUAGAGAAAUAAAUGUGGGUUUGGAUUAAAUAAUAAUAACAGGAGGCAUAAUAAUAUUGUGGCAACAGGCGUACUCGAGCUCCGAGAGAAAAUCACUGAGUAUUGUUUGUUUAUGUAAAUCAUAUCCACUACUACCCUGUAUCUUGGCAGUGAUUUAUUCUUAAAAAAUAGUCUUCCUAGUCUGUUGUCAGACCUUAUUUGGCUGCAGUUGACUUAAUGUUCCUGCUCUGGUCCCAACAGUGUAAUAUGUUCUCAUUAGUUGUUCUAUUACAUCAGCUUUCUGCGCUCUCAGUGGUGUUUAAAACCAGAGUCCCCCGUGAGGGAUCCAGAUAGUGCACGGCUAAGCAAGCUCGUAUCUGUGAGAGUGCUGCACGGCACUUUUCCUGGAAAGCAUCCAUCACUAUUCAGCAACGAGCAGACAACCUGCAGCUUAUUGAGCCCAAAGGGAGAUCAGAUCAGUGGGUGGCGGGGGCCGAGCUGAAACGGAGGGCUUUGUUGAGACUGCGAGGUGAAGGAAUCUGGUAGGAAAACAGAGAGAAGCGGGGCGGUAUAUUAUUAACUCUGUUUUGAUUUCAGUCUCGGUGUGUUGUGAACAGUCUGUCUGAAUGAAAAGCUUCACAUCACAGCCAUCUCUGCUGAAAUGCUCUCUUAAAUAAGUCCUACAGCCCAUCAUUUAAUUAGUAAAAAAGAAAAGGAGGAAAAAACAGAAGGAAACAGGAUCAAAGUAAAUUUAAAAAAAAGGGUUUUGGAGCUCAAAUGUUCUUUUUUUUCUCCUUCCAGUCCCACCACUCUAGCCGGCAUCGCGUCUUCCAUCCUCCUGUUUGUGGCCAUCAUAGCCACCAUGGUCUGCUGCUUCAUGUGCUCCUGCUGUUACCUCUACCAGAGACGGCAGCAGAGAGGCCGGACACCUUAUGACGGUGAGACCCUCUGCUCUCUACCUCCCUGUGCUCACAUUAAAAAAGGGUCAUGAGCUGCUUUAAUGACAGUCUGUGCAUCCUGACCCACAGUCCAACAAAUCCCCAUGGCCAGUUACCCGGUGGAACCCAUGUAUGACGCCUAUGGAAAACCACUCGGACCAUCUGAGUAUCCACAUCCAGGUUAUCCAAUGGCGCCCCAGUACCCUGGUAUGCCACCACAAUAUGCGAUGAUGCAGCCCGGACCUUACCCACCACACAUGAUGGAUCCUGCAUACAGCCAGGGUAAGAGUAGAAAAUACUUACACUGAUGAUUACGAUCAUAAAGGAAAUUAACUUAAAGACAUUUACCAUCAACUGACUUUGGUCCAGGAGCACCUUCUGUUUUGCAGCAUGCAGCUUGAAAAGUUUAUAAAAACAGUGCUCAUAUUUUCGGCAACAGAUUAGAUCCCAACAGAGCAUUUUUGUUCUUAAAGAGGUCAAAUAGACGUCUAAAUGUAGCCGAGAUGACUGGUCUAAAAUCAGACUACCACAGGUCUAAAAAUGAACGUUUUUUAGUCCUCCAAAUUUAGACCAAGUUUAUACAAGCCGGCUAACAGAGGUCGUACUGUUUAUUGCUUAAUGGCUGUCAUUAUUAUUUUGGUUAAGUACUUGGAGAUCAGAUAUGCAACUCACAGUUCUUUUUUAAAAUAAAUAGUUUUCCAAUAAUGGGUGAAAGUGCAACAUCUAAAUUACAUCUAAAAAUAUACAGAAUCUAGAUGGUUUAAAUUAGGGUCUAAAAAAAAUAGACGUCUAAUCUCAGUGGGUCAGCAGUGAGGACAAUAUGGUAGAUUUUAAAUAAUAAUGAUAAUAAUAACGUUUAUUUGUAUAGCACCUUACAACAUCCAGAAAGAGGAACUAAGUGCUUUACAAAGUCAAAUACUCAAAUACAGAAAAAGAAAAUACAUGGCAAGUGACAAAUAUCAGAGGAUAUCAUAACAGUAAAAAGGUAAAGGAACACAGAAAUGAUCAAAUAAUAAAUGACACUAGAUAUUAAAAACCUGUUUAAAUAGGUGAGUUUUAAGAUGUGUUUUAAAAAGUGCCAGGUCAUUAAUAGUAAGUAGUUCAGGGGGUAGAGAGUUCCAUAAUUUCUGGGGCUGCUAUUGAAAAGGCACGAUCCCCCCACCGUUUAAAAUUUGAGACAGGAACCUCCAACAGGGGUUUGAAAACAAACAUUAAAAGUUUAAAAAUGAUCCUGAAUUUAACCAGGAGCCAAUGUAGGGAGAGAAGAACGGGAGUUAAAAGGCGUGCUGCAGCAUUUUGUACCAGCUGGAGGCAAGAGAGAGAAGAAGAGAAGAGAAAUGUCCUUCAGUCCACCACAAACAACUUUAUCUUGUUAUCAAAAAUAAAAGCUUUAUUCCUCUCAGUUUUUAUUAUUAGUGAUGUUUUCUAGCUCGUCAUCAUCUUGACAAACUGUAAAUUAAAGGUGAAUGACUGUACAGAUUUUGAUUUAUUCAAUGCCUCUGUUUUUUUUCCCUCUUUUUCAGCCCCUCCACCUUACCCUCCACCUCAGUAUCCCGGUCACUGAUGGGCUGGUCUACAAACACUCACUCAGCGGUGGAAAAACAUCAGCUGAGGGAAAAGACUGUUUCAAACAAACAAGGCAGCGACACUCUCUCAAACACACUCUCACACAAACACACAAAUAAAAACUACCGCUUGACUGGCAGUGGUUGACCUGUGAAAGAGAACAGGAGGCACUUUAAGAGUAUUUUUGUUUGUUUGUUUUGUUUAUUCUCAAUGUUAUCCUACUUCUCCAGAGUAAAUAUGUAGAAUUCUCUUCUGCAACCUGACGCCUGAUUGCUCCCAGUGUGUCGAACCAAUAGAGUCACACUAUCCCCUGAGUGAGGACGUAUCCAGGUGGCGUUUUAUUUGAUGCACUGACUUUAUGACAGGGUGUUGCUUAAAGACAGGAUAAAAAGGGAAAUAUUAAUGCACUCUCUGAUUCAUGAAAGAGGGAAAAAAAAACAAUUUGAUGUUUUUUAAAAAGUCUAAUAACUGCCUGAAGCUACAUUCCAGAUCCUCCUCCUGAAAUUGAAUCGUUUUGCCUUUAUCUCUAGUUGUUUUUUUCUUUCCUUUCUUGUGUUAAAGACUCAAGUGAAAACAGGUUUGAUUAAAAGGUGACACAUGUACAGUUCAGAGGCACUGUGAUACCUUCAUAAUUUACCUUUGGUUGCCUGUUAUUGAAACGUUGUCCUCUUUUUCUGGAUCUGACUCGAACUUUACUCCAUGGUUGUAUAUUAGCUGCACCAUUGUAAUGUAACAUCUCAGUGUCAGCAUGCUCCUCCCAGUCAAAGUAAUGUGUCCUCUCAUACUUCUUUUCAGGUUUUAGAUGAACUAGAAAUGAUUUUUUAUAUUAAUUACAAACUGCCAGGUGGGAUGUUUUACUGUGAAAUUCACACACAGUGUUUAUUUGUCGUGAUAUCAGGUUAUAUGAGAGCUGCAGGUCAAGCGGCUUGAUCAAAACAAAGUGUCCCGCCUUACAAUAAUUAACCUUGAGGUGAAAAGAGAUUAACUAUUUAAAUACAUAUUUUGUAAAUCUGUUUUCUGGCUAAAUAUUUUAUGGUAUUGUAACAUUUUGUUUUACAUGUAUUUUUAGUGGAAAACAAAUGAGGUUUAUGUUUUCACUAAUGUAUUUAUUAAUAUGACUGCGGGGAUCCUCUAAGUCUUAUAUCUAAACAUGUCGUUAUAGGAGACCCAUGCGGGGAAAAGCAAUUUUCUGAACAACUGGGGCUAAUUAAAGGCGAACUAAAACAGCGUUCGUCAUCCUUAGAUACCGGUCCUUGUUGCUAAGGUAACCUAAAACAGUUAGCUGUUUACACUGUCGACCUGAUAAGCUUUCUGACUUGGCUUAACAAGAAAACACAAACCCAGCUGUAUAGUGUGCUGCGAGUCGGUCAAACCCGAGAUAACCUGUAACAUAACCUAUUUCGGCUCAUUUAACGUGUGAUACCUGGGGAUUUUUUUUAAUCUGGGUGUAAUUUACCUCAAAAAAUACUAAAAUUGUAAACACAGAAAAAAGACCUGGUUGAACUUUUCCUGGAGACUUACUGCUGUAUGUAAUCUCACUAAACCGUGCAAUGAAUAAGACAAAACCUGCUCUUGGUAGUGAACGAAUUAAGUUAUUCCCCCGGGGAAAGGUCCGAGUGUACAGAUAUUUUGAGCCUUUCUAAAGCACAAGGAGAUCACUGGACUUUUCUUUUGUGAGUUUUCAUAUGUAGUUUGACAAUAUUUGCUAUGAUGUUUCUGUUCAUUUGUGCUUUUAAACCAACUCCAUGAGUGUGUUCAAUGAAACUGACAUCUGUUUGGCGGAUUAACUCGGUAGAUAAUGGCUGUUUUUUUGUCUGUUGUCAAAUGGACGGUAUGACAUUGUAAUAUAAUAUAAAGUGGGUGAAAAGUUUUUUAUUUCUAUUGACAUAAAAUUUAACUUUGGAAUGUAAAAUAAAACGUCUGCUGUGUCUUUUUAUUCACAGGAAAUUUAAUAGUGGAUCUUUUUUCACCACUAGAUGUCACUGUUAACCCCCAGACGAUGUUUGGCAGAAGUGAUGCAAAUAUCUCGAUGCCUCUUAAAACAAUGACGUGCAAAAAUAACAAUGACUUAACAGCAACAAAUAAUAAAACAUACUUGAAAGAUUUGCAAACAAAAAGGCAAUUCAUUGAAACUAA